CAUGAAACCUCGUUGAAAAAGUCUGCUGACUGUUCAAGCACAUCUCUAACCUGUCACCUGUGACCGCCCUCGCGUUCCAAACUGCUCGAGACAUUCCAAGUUUGGUCCCCGAAUCGAAACUACUUGUUGGUGAGGGACCAUUCGUCAAGAUCUUUGACACCGCCACCUCAAGGGCUAUCCUUAAACGACGAAUAUUUUCCCGAGAACGAAUCCAUGGAAUCACACUCUCGUCAUCCGAUCAACAGAAUGUCUUGUUUUGGGGGGGAAGGAGUUUAUGCAUUGCUACAGUGACUUCUCUACCUCAAGAGGAAUGUGUCUUGAGGGAAAUCCGCGCACCAGACUGGAUUUUCUAUGCUGUGUUCGUUCCUUCCACAACUUCGGCUUCAAACGAAGAAGUGGUUGUCGUUACUGCCCACAAUGUGUUGCUUAAAUACGAUAACACUUCGACAAAUUGGUACGAGCUAGCUUCUGGAGAGCGCUGUAUGCUAUAUUCCGCUCACCUUCUCUUUAUUGCAGCCGAUGCCCUCAGCUCCGAGGACCGAGUUCUAGUUGCAGCGGGCACUGUUUUUGGCGAGAUUUUACUGUGGUCGGCUGCAAUAAUCCCAUCAUCAUCAUCACCGGGUAUUCGUGGCCUAAAAAAUCCUAAGACCCACUAUAGGCUUCUCGGCCACGAAGGCUCUAUCUUUGGUGUUAACAUCUCACCCAAAUACCAUGGUGGCAAGUAUUACCUAGCUUCCUGCAGUGACGACAGGACUAUUAGAAUAUGGGAUAUAUCCCAAUUCGAAUCCUCGCCCCCUAUAUCAGGUGAUAUGGAUAUAAAAAAGACAGGAUUUGGGCAUGAGUUAGUGCAGGGAGGUGGGUGCGUUUCCGUAGGCUGGGGUCACAGUGCGCGUAUUUGGGGUGUCCGCUUUCUCCCGGCAACCAAGGAAGGCUGGGUCGAAUUACUUUCGAUCUCGGAAGACCUGACUUCGAGGUUUUGGACGUUUGACUCGGAACGAAAAUAUGCUAGAGAUACAGAACUAAAAAAUGUAGCUACCUACCGAUUGCAUUCCGGCAAACAUAUUUGGAGCUUUGCACUAGACUUUGAAAGAGGGCUAUUAGCCACUGGUGGUGCGGAUGGGAAGAUCGGGCUGGUACAUUAUCGGGACGACCAAGAGAGCAGAGAGGAGGCAUGGGGGAUGGAUACUGUGCUAGCGCAGAUUGGGGUUUCUCGAGAGGAGCCUGGCGAGCCUAAUCACAGAGAUAAAAAGGCACAUGAUGCGUUUAAAGAAUACGCAGCUCUUGACAAUGACCGCUUUGCUGCAACAACUACACUAGGCAGAGUUUUAACCUACACACUCAGUCAGAAGAAGUGGAGCAUACUUGGUCAGUGGGCAGGACUGAGCGGUUGGAGCAUUUUGGCAUCCUGGGGAGGCUCGGGUUUGAUAGCCCUGGGAGCCCACAAUGGCCUGGUUGGGGUUUUAGACACGGUAUCGGGGCGGGAAUGGUGGUGGCAGUCAAUGGCUGGUGAGAAUGGCAAGGUUGCAGGAGUAUUCCUCGAAAGAGCUGGUAUAGGAGGUGUGUCUAAUCUAUACGGGCUUCCAAUUUUCUUGACUCUGUACCUAAUUCAAUCCAUCUUGGCGCCAUUGAAAUAACGUAGGCGGACAAAAUUACUACAUUCUGACGACAGCUCUAUCGCCAACAAUCUUUUCUCUCCACUCUUUCAGAAUGGAUCACUCGAAGUCGCCACCAGUACUGAUCGACAGAGAAACUUUACCAUUGCAGUCACCUGCUCGGGUGGGGGAAACUAAAUUCCUAGUAACUAGUCUCGCGAUUAAUCAAGAGACAAACCGCCUAUUCCUCGGCUCCCGAGCAGGGUCAUUGGGGAUCUACGACUUAUCUUCUACAGCUCGUCCUCUGCGGGCGUUUUCCCACUCCCUCAUUCACCCAACUGACGCCAUAACCACCAUCCUCCCGCUGGGACCAGGGAUUUUAACCACCUCCCGCAAUGGCGAAUACUCCCACCUAUCCAUAUCCCCACCCCCACACAUCCACCUCACAAAAACCCACAGCCAAAAGUCUCCUCUCGUCAUCGAAGGCGCCAGACAAUCGGACAAUCUAACCCUCUGGGGUUUCCGCGGAAAGAACUUCACGAUAAUAAACCAAGCGUCCCAGCACGAAGUGCACUCGGUGGCUUGCGGCGGAGCGCAUAGGUCUUGGGCACACAGAUUGAACAGGUACUUUGUCUGGACAAAAGCCGGGAAGGUACUCUUCCCCUCCCCAAUUCAUGCUAAGAUGCUUACAUGACCCAACUACAAUGGAAAGGCUCAUCUCGCGCGCACCCACCCAUGCCGCAAACUUCUUCAAUCAGGCCUCCACGGCCGAGAGGUCAAGUCCAUAGCAACACACGGCGAUCUCAUCGCCACCGGCGCGGAAGACACACUCCUCCACCUAUCAACGCUUUCCCCCCACUCCGGGCAACUAUGUCCAGGUGCGGUUGUCGGAACGCACACAACCGGCAUCCACGCACUGCAAUUCACUCCCAGCGGGCGGUACUUAUUCUCCGCCGGAGGCGCAGGUGAGCUGCUUGCCUGGCGAGUCCGCUCCGCCAACGAGAUUGUUCUCGAAGGCACAUGCGAAGGUUGGAGCGAUCUUCGAGUUGAAGGGUUCGACUUAUUGCCCGUCGAAGGAGGAGAAGGGGAGGAAGGCGGGGUGUUGCUUGUGGUCGGCUACUCAGAUUCUACCAUCCGCUUCUACUACUUCUCCCCAUCCACCGGAGUCUUUAGCCUAGUGAUGAAAGGCACAUACAGGACCUGCUGCAUCUUACACAUCAAGUUUCUCCCCAGCAAUGAUGGGAUCCUAGUUGCCGGAACAGACGGGUAUCUGCGUAUCUAUCCACUUUCAGAUCCACUUUCCCUCGCAUCCCUCCCACUCCCACUCCCGCUCCCGCUCCCACCAAAGACAAUAGAGAAGCGCGUUCACCAAAGCUCAAUCAAAGCCAUGAGAGUUGCUGCCAGAGCGAACGGUGUAUACGUUUACACAGGCGGCGAUGAUUGCGCAUUCGGCGUUACUCGUAUCGAUAUUAAAAACAGCGUUGCGGAAUCAUGGAUUGUGCCAAGGGCGCAUGCCAGCGCAGUUACGGCUGUGCUGUGUGUUGGUAGGCACGUACUCACAGCGGGGGUUGACCAGCAAGUUAAGUUUUGGAAUGUGAGUGAGGGAGAAGACGGAAUCACGGUUGGGAUGCGGGAACAGCGGGAGAGCGCUAUUGCGGAUAUUUCUGCCGCGGAGACAGUUGGUGGUGCGAAGGUUGUGAUUGUGGGGGUUGGAGUGGAUGUUUGGGAGACGAGUGAUGGGCUGUGAUGGUAUUGAUAGCUAAGUUAGAGGGCGGAAUAAGAAACCCCGACACUUAUACGUUUCAUAGGAUAUAAAAAUCGGGUUGCGUCAGCGAGUCGAAGUUCCUCUCCAUCCGUUCGGUCGAGCAUCCCUGAGGCAUUAGGCGGUGACAAUGUCCUCUAACUUAGGGUGGUGUUUAGCUUACACCGGCUAGCCACCAAUGCAGGCUAAUCUCAACAUCCGUAUUCGGGUACCGGUAUACCGUAGCACAGGUGCAAGGUUAUGGGAUGAAUCCGUGCAACUCCACAAAACUCCAGAUGCCGUACGAGCAUCAGAACAGCGUCAAGAUGCGGCCGUACUCCAAUAAUCGGUUCGCUUUGCAUGUGUAAUGUUCCAUUUUUGGGCGGAGUGGUCUGUUCCCCGUCCCAGGCGAGGCUAGAAUAUAUGUCUAUGUAUGAUGUGUCGAAGGAGAUUUCCCAUGGCUUUAGUUUUUCAGCAGAAGCCUGAGAUGUAAACCCUAAGCUGCUUAGGGCCUGUUUGGCGGAAACGGUAUCAUAGGCGGGUCGACCGUUCCGUUCAGUGAUGAUUUUACCGGGAGGAAUGGCUGUCUUGGCGUCUCCAUGACGGAAGGAAACUGUUGUUUGUACGGGGAAACAGAACGGAAUGGUCGUAUCCAAACAGGCCCUUAAAUGGUAUUCCUUCGGCGUUGCAGGCCCGCUGGUCCAGUGAAUCGAACGGUGCAUUUCGCCAAACAGGAUAUCAUAGGCGAUGAGAGGAUUAAAGCCAUUGGAUUAGAACAGAUUUACAUGGAAUAUACAAUUAGCUAGUAGAGUUAUUCCAUAAUUCUGGCUGCUGAUCGACCCCUUUCCGGUGCAGGGUUCUUUUGUGGGAUUGUGGCAGAUAUGAUUUCUCCGGUGGUC